UGAGCUAAGCUGAUCCCACGUGUGACGGAUCUCGCUGCUUCCCCGGCUCCGUCUCUCUAUAUGGAGGCAGAUGGGAGCCAAGCCACCUCUGGAAGCCCUAACGACUCACAACACGACCCUGGUAAAAUGUUUAUCGGUGGUCUGAGCUGGCAAACCUCACCAGAUAGCCUUAGAGACUAUUUUAGCAAAUUUGGAGAAAUUAGAGAAUGUAUGGUCAUGAGAGAUCCCACCACCAAACGCUCCAGAGGCUUCGGUUUCGUCACGUUUGCGGACCCAGCAAGUGUAGAUAAAGUAUUAGCUCAGCCCCAUCAUGAGUUAGAUUCGAAGACGAUCGACCCCAAAGUUGCAUUUCCUCGUCGAGCACAGCCCAAGAUGGUCACAAGGACAAAGAAAAUCUUUGUGGGCGGAUUAUCUGCGAAUACAGUUGUAGAAGAUGUAAAGCAAUAUUUUGAGCAGUUUGGCAAGGUGGAGGAUGCUAUGCUGAUGUUUGAUAAAACCACCAACAGGCACAGAGGGUUUGGCUUCGUCACUUUUGAGAAUGAAGACGUUGUGGAGAAAGUCUGUGAAAUACAUUUCCAUGAAAUCAAUAAUAAGAUGGUAGAAUGUAAGAAAGCACAGCCUAAGGAAGUGAUGUUCCCACCCGGGACAAGAGGACGGGCCAGGGGCCUCCCUUACACAAUGGAUGCUUUCAUGCUAGGCAUGGGAAUGCUAGGCUACCCAAACUUUGUGGCGACUUAUGGCCGAGGCUAUCCCGGAUUUGCUCCAAGCUACAGCUAUCAGUUUCCAGGUUUUCCGGCGGCAGCGUAUGGACCAGUGGCAGCGGCGGCAGUGGCAGCAGCAAGAGGAUCAGGUAGGGAGGUGUAUGGAAGAGGCGGCUACACGGCAUACCCCCAGUGUGCAGGGGAAGUCCUGAAUAGCUACAGUGCUCAACCGAAUUUUGGCGCGCCCGCUUCCCCGGCAGGCUCCAACCCAGCGCGGCCAGGAGGCUUCCCUGGGGCCAACAGCCCAGGACCCGUCGCUGACCUCUACGGCCCAGCAAGCCAGGACUCCGGAGUGGGGAAUUAUAUAGGUGCAGCCAGCCCACAGCCUGGCUCGGGCUUCAGCCAUGGAAUAGCUGGACCUUUGAUUGCAACGGCCUUUACAAAUGGAUACCAUUGAGCAGGUGUUCUUGUUGCCAUCUCACUCUGAGAGCAUACCUGGAUGUCCAGGCAAGACUGGGCGAAGUUUCUGAGUGGCCCUUUGUUUAGGUGAUGUCUUCAGACCUGGACACCUUCAGCCUCACUCCCCACCCCCACCCCCACUGGAGAUGGCUCACUUCGGACUGAGGGUUGAAUUCAAUCUCAUCAUCUCAUGAAUCUGCUGUACUAUAUAAGAUAACAGCUUUUAAAAAUGUGUAUAUAAUCCAUGAUUUUUGUGGGUUUUUUGUUUUUUUUUCUUGAUAGCUCCCCUUGUCCCAUCCUCACCCCCAUACCCUUCCUUUUAAAUAUCUUUGAAUCACAUUUGGUAGUGUUUUUGACAUAGUCUAGUAGCCUUGUCGCUUUAAUAUGUAGUUAAAAGCUAACCAUAGUAUAACUGUUAUAUUAAGGAUUUUACUUUCUUUUAAAAAAAAAAGUUUUUUUGGUUGUGAUUUUUGGUUCUGUUCCUGCUUCAAGGAUGCUGAGAUGGUAAUGUGACUCUCAACCUUUUGGUGCCCAUUCUGAAAUUGUAUAACUUUUCAGGUGGAAUUUUAGCACACUCUGAAAUUCGAAGUCGAGAAACGCUGGAGCGGGAGUUGGGCAUAAAAGUUUCUCAUUUGCAUUUGUAGAAGCGAGAGCAUAGCUUAACUAACAGGCUCUUUAGCGAUUCAUUUUUGUGAUGUCUCUUUGUUAACCUAAGUAUAUCUAUUUUCGGCAAUAAGGUAAGGACGACAACAUUUCAGUCGUCCUUCUUUUCUAUAAGUGCUUUUUUCUGUUGAAAGAGGUGAUAUUAUAAGAUUUUUUGAAAUUGUGAAUUCUGGAGAAAAAAAUAAUAAGUGCUGUAAAUACAAUUCCAUUAACUACAUAGAAACUAUUAAGAAAGAGAAAAUGAAAAAAAAAAAACUAUUUUUGUGAGGGACUUCGUCCCAGGCAGUUUGAUGAUCUGUGGAAAGAAACAAAAAAGGAAACCAAUUUUUUUUUAAAAAAAAAAAAAAGGUCAAUUUUUGAGUUUUAACGUCUAAGAACAAUCAGCUGCCAGGGCUGCCCUUGAUGAAGUCAAAAAGAACACAGUUUAGCUCUUUUGUCAGUACAUUAGACCUAAGAAUUCUACUAGUGUCACACCAGCAUACUCACUGCUCCUUUGUACACAGCUUCCAAUGAACAGUCUAGUUGUAUUUUUUAAUUUAAACUAUGAAAUACUGCUUUUCCCGAGACUUUGAAAAAGAUAGCAAUGUUAAUAUUUAACGUAUUUAAAGUUCAAAGCACACCUGUUUGGCUUGGGGGAGGGGGGAGGGCAUAUUUUUUUAGUCAUUUAAAAAAUUAGAUUCGUUUUUAUCGUCCAAUCAUUUCAGCUCCUCCAAGUGUCACCCAAGACGCUUCCCUCUUUUCUCCCCUUCCUCUCUCUCCCCCUCCCCCAGUCUGGAGCCCUUGGGCCAGGGAUGGCUAGUUCUCCAUUGUUGAUAUCUUUAUCCAUUAUUCUUUCCAUUAACAAAUUAAGAAAGCAAACUCUUUAUGUUUUUUUUUUAAUACCUCAGUGCUGCGAGUAUCACCAGAGAGGCUAGGGAAGAUUUUUUGUUUUGUUUUGUUUUUAAUUUAUUGUAGAUGUAAACAGAAUUAAAACAUUUUUAAAAAGUAUAAACAUCACUGCACUGUGACUGGUGGGAAAAACUGACAAUUUCCUGUUUGCACAUGUUUAAUAUUUGGCUGUUAUAAUAUAUGGUCCUCAGUUGGGGAAAAGAUACUUAUGAUGAAGGAUAUUUUUUAAUUUAAUUUUUUUAAUAUUGGUAAAUAGGCCUGCAACAGCAACUUAGAAAAGUACAACUCAGUAGAUGGCAUUAAACAACAGCAACACCAACAACAUACUGUAGUGUGAAUAUAUUUUUCUUUUUUUAACGUGAUAUUGACAAGUUUUAUUAAUAUUUUUUUAAAUUGUUACGUUUAUAAAUUUGGUACUCGAGGCACAGCCAGUAUGAGACACUGAAUGCGACAUUUAUUAUAAAGAGCUGCUGCACUCCUAUUUUUAUAAAUGUUACUAAUGAGUAGACUAAUGUAGGCAUUCACUAGGCAGGGUAGCGCAAAGGCAUCUUCAAGCAAGAGGCGCCAUGAUGCUGAAUGGAAAGGAAGGAAAAAAAAGCUUUGGGUUUUUUUUUCUUUCUCAGUUCUGAUUAAGUAAAUAAAAUGAAUCAUGCUCUUUGUUUUUCCAACAUAACAUUUUAGGGUUGUUGUGGGUUUUGGUUUUGUUUGGGGUUUUUUUUGGGGGGGGGGUUGGUUCUUUCUUAUUUUGGAACAACCAGGUUAAGUAUAAAAUGCUGGACGCUUUUUAAAUAUUGAGACUUGAUCAAGUAAUAACAAUAAAGUAGAUGGUUCUUUAAAAAAAAACACAAAAAAACAAAAACCAACAAAAAAAAACAACAUAAAAAAGGAAGUCAAUUCCCUGUGAUUCAAUGUCUGUGCCAGGGAAUUUUUUAUUAAUAUUUUGUCCAUGUUGAGGAUGUACUGUACUACCAUUUGUUUUCUCUUCAUUCCCUGUCACCUCAUAGAUGAUUCUUUGUUGACCAUUGUCUGUUAAUAAUGUAUAAAAUGGCUAUCUUGUAAGUGUGCUGUCCUGAUACUAGUGUAGUAACUUUUUUUCUCCUCUUUCUUCUAGUACAUAUUGGUAGGUGUAUUGUAAUUAAGGUUAAAAAAAAAUUAGAUGUAGUUAUUCAGAUUUAGGACCAGUAAGGAUAGAACUUUCUCUUAUUUAAGAAAACAAAAUGCUAAU